AUGAGGAAGCAUCUGGGAGGAUGGGGCGUGGCCAUUGUUUGCGUCCUGCUCUUCAGCCUCCUGCCCACAGUCAAGGCGAGAGGCAUAAAGCACAGGAUUAAGUGGAACCGCAAGACACUGCCCAGCACAGCCCAGAUCACAGAAGCACGCGUGGCUGAGAACCGUCCCGGAACCUUCAUCCGGCAGGGCCAGAAGCUUGACAUCGACUUCGGGCCGGAGGGCAACAAGUACUACGAGGCCAACUACUGGCAGUUCCCCGAUGGCAUCCGCUACGACGGCUGUUCUGAAGGCAACGUGACCAAGGAGGUGUUCGUGGCCAAGUGCAUCAACACCACGCAGGCGGCCAACCAGGGCGAGUUUUCCCGGGAGAAGCAGGACAAGCUGCACCAGCGGGUCCUGUGGCGGCUGAUCAAGGAGCUGUGCUCCAUCAAGCACUGCGACUUCUGGCUGGAAAGGGGGGCUGGAUUUCCAGUGGCUGCGGGCCAGCCCGUGGUGAUGCUGUGCCUGCUCGUUUUCACCUGGGUCCUGGUGAAAUAG